AUGGAAAAUGCCCAGAAAACUAUAAUUGAUGCCGGCCAUUUUAAUGAAACAUGGUCAUCAUCAGAUUUACAUCCUGAUCGGAUUACAUCGGAGUUGAGCAAAGUCUUUACGAAGAAUGUGUCCGAUACUGAACAACACUCAACAUCUGAUAAAUACUUUAACGUCAAUAAGGAAAAACUGAACGAACUAAUAAGUAGUAGCUCCAANGAGAUUGAUCGAGAAGAAAAAGAUUUCUAUCAAUAUGAGUUAAUUGCUUAUGAUUAUGGGCAACCGAGACAACAAAGUUCAACGAAAUUAUACAUUACAGUUCAUGAUCGAAAUGAUAAUUCAGUUGUCCUUGCCCAAACACACAUUCAUUUACAUGUCAGCGAAAAUACACCAGUCGGAACGGAAUUGACAUAUGUGAAUGCUACCGAUCAAGAUAUUGGACUUAACGGCAAAAUUCAUUACUCCAUUAGCAAUGGCUUACCAUCAUCCACUUGGAUGGAUUACUUCCGUAUUGGUGAAUCCACUGGAAUAUUGACGCUCGUCAGCUCAUUGGAUUAUGAAUCGGAACAAUCGUAUCGUUUAACUGUACAAGUGCGAGAUCUAGGCGAGAAUUCGUUAGCGCGCUUCCUUUCGAUUGAUAUCUCCGUUUUGGAUGAAAAUGACAACUUUCCACAAGCGUUUGUUACCUUUGUCGAUCCACUCGUGAACAAUUCGAUCAUUUCAAUAACGGAAAAUACACCUGUUGGACAAAUCCUUGCACACAUAUCUCUUUCCGAUCAAGAUUCUGGUUUCAAUGGCGAGAUGUCAUAUAAAAUCGAAGAAGGAGAGGACAUCUUAGGAAUUAAAACACUCGACCAAAAGUCGCUUUUACUCAUCGUGAACCAUCUUAUCGACCGUGAAGAUAAAAAUACCAAAGAAUUCAAUCAAUUCGUUUUGACCAUAUCUGAUCAUGGAAAACCAUCGAAAUCCAUUAAACUAGAAUAUCAAAUUGAAAUCGUCGACAUCAACGAUUCACCACCGCUGUUUGAUCAAACAAAAGAAUGUAAAAUUUAUUUAGAAAAUCCGCGAAAUCGAUCCUCUGAUCAUCCACUAUUCACAGUUCAAGCAACCGACGCUGAUCAGAAUGAAAACAGUGAAAUAUCUUACUUCAUUCUUUCUCCGCAUGACAAACAAUUUCGUAUUAAUAACCAAGGCCAAUUAUUCAAUUCAGAAUAUCUAAAUCAAUCAUCAUAUCAUUUUCAAAUCCUCGCUCAAGAUCACGGCAAGGUUAUUCAGCUUAACUCAACUUACGAUUGUCAUCUAUUCAUUUCCGUUACAAACCAUUCAAAUAACAUUUCAAAUAUUUCAUUGAUGAACAACAUUCGAACAUGGAAAACGUAUUAUUCAUAUACAUACAUCAUUAUCAUAUCAAUGAUUAUCUUAACCAUGAUCGGAUUGAUUUUUUGUCUGUAUAAAUUUAUUUUUAUCCAUCGACGAUACUACCAAGAAAACAAAACUUACCAUUUAUACGUAUCCAUACCUCGAAAAUCGUACUAUAUUGAAAAUGAAAGUCCUGGCUGUAGCAGCACGAGUAAAACAGAUGAUCAUACAUUUGAAGAACACGACCGAUUAGUCGAAGAUUCCUUGUCUGAUCAUCAACAAUACUCUCGAACAGUUGAACACAGUUAUCCAUCGUCUAUUUCCUCCAUAAGCAAACUUCCACAUGAUAGCACCUACGAAUCAGUGUCAUUGUCGAAACAAAUUAGUCGACCCUUAUCUUCAUCAACGACCUGUACAAGUAUCGACACCGAAGCGUCGUUGAAAAUGAAAUAUUCCUGUUCGACUGUUGUGCGUCUUGCUGAAGAAGAAAACAGUGAUGUUUGA